UCUAAAAGUAGUGUGUACAAAUUUCAGAGCAAUCGGACUGAUAUUUUACAAGAUUUACGUUGUACCAUUUCGAAAAAUGUAGUUUCGAGAUAAUCCCAAAAGAAAGUAAACGUACGGUCCGAUUGCUCUGAAAUUUGUACACAAUACUUUUAGAUACAUUAUCUGAAGAAUAGCAAUGGAUUUUUUCGAUUACUUGAUUAAUCUUUUAAUUAAUUUUUUUUUUUAAGAAUAGUACCCAUCUGGCGAGCGCUCAGAAUGGCCAGACGCCUUAAUCGUAUGAAUCGAUGAUCCAACCGCAGGAUCUCCUUCGGUCAGCGUAGGACCGAGAUCCGUCAUCGGUCCGAUACUUCCGAGUGCAUCUUUCUUCGGCCAGUCAGAGACAGGGCUAGCCUACUUUCUCUGCAAAGAGAAUUUUUAACCGAUGUGUGAGGGUUCCCUCUCCCGGUUUUCUCGUCCUGAACGUCCUCUCGACUCUUUCCCUCUCUCUGACCCUGCCUCCUUCUCGAUCCAUGUCCCCGUCUCUCUUCAUUGCUUCUCGUUCUCUCGCUCUCUCCCUUCGGUCUCUCGUUUCCUCGAUUUACUCGGCUAGCUCAGCCGAGAAUUCCUUCGACCGGUGCCCCUCUCGGAGUCUAUAUAAGCCGUGUGCUCAUACGAGACUGAGCAUUUUUUUGUGUUAAUAGUACGGAGUUGUGGUGCUCCUCUGUCGAAGAGGCAACGGGUUGACAAGUGUCAGGAUGGUGUGCGCGACGCGAUACGGAAGAUCCGUGUUCGAUUAAAGCCGAGAAGAAGUCUGGGACGUAGGCGCACGCCUGCUCCUUUCAUUCGAGUGACGAAAAAGUAAAAGAACAACCUUGGAGUUUUGUUAAAUUUGUGUUCAGUGCGGUCAGCGAUUACAUCCGUGCAACAUGAUUCGAAGCAAGAUGACAAUCACACUGCUGUUCGUCCUGGUGAUCGGACAUCAUGGUCAGGCAGUGAUUAACAAAGCUCAAGCACCUGGUAAAAGCGAAGAGAAAACAGAGAACAAGAUUAAGGCUGACGACAGGAUAAGUAAUUCGUACGGUCCACCCUCUGACGAAUACGGACCUCCAAUUGGGAUAGACUUCAAGCGACCAGCACCAGUUUACGGACCACCGGAACUGGUAGGGGAUCAAGGACCAACGCCGAUAUAUCCACCGCCGCCGCCAGACGUACCACCGCCACCCGUCUAUGGUCCACCAUUGUCUUCGUAUGGCCCACCGCGAAAUAUUAAACCACAUUACGGACCACCAAAACAAAGUUUCGGACCUCCUCUGUCCCCUUUGCCCCCGAAGCUUAGCUACAGUUCACUGAAACUUCACUACGGACCACCAAAGCAACACUAUGGACCGCCGCAUUCAUUCGCAUCGUUCAGACCACCGAAAACUCAGUACGGGCCACCACUGAAAUUCAGUUCUGCCGUCUCCAAUCAAUAUAUAGCCGUAUCGUCUUCAAGUCACGGACCAACGAAACCAGGACACGGGUUUCCUAUCCCCGUGUCUCUGGAUGCAUAUGGACCACCUUCGCAGCAAAUCGCCGUUCAGUUCAAUUCCCAACCUAGCGACAACUAUGGACCACCACUAGGACCGUUGCAUGCGUCCGUGUCUAGCUCUCAGUAUGGUCCUCCCACUGGUGACGCUUACAGCCUUCCGGCACCGCAUCCUCCUCCAGGAGUACCAGCACCACCUACACCACCGGAUAUAAAAUACGACGGUUGGCAGCCGAUCGCAGGAUUGGCUAAUCAACAUGGACAUUCCGAAGAAAAUUAUAGACUACAGCACAAUGAGCAUCACUCGCUGGAAGGCUCUUCUGGGAAUCUACACGUAGCGCAAACUACCUCGAACGCUGUUGCCGAUAAUCCAAACGUACCGAACGAUUCUUACGGAGUUCCGAUACAUAACCCCGAAGCUCAGGACCUGAAGAGUUCUGUGCAUUCGGGUUCCAUCGAGAACGAUGGAUUGCCGCCGCCUCCGUUACCGCAGUUCGAGCCUUUCCACAACGAAGAUCAUCCACCGAAGAAGCACGAGUCCGAGGAGGUCGUGUCUGAUUUACAGUACGACGUGCCAAAGGUCAAGCCCCUUUCCAUCGUGAAAACCGUUGGAUUCGAGUUGCUGCCUAACGUAUCGCCGUUAAAUUCGGAUCACAACGCAGGGUCAUUGCCAACUUUGAAAUUACCAAUUCUUGACGGUGGAUCGCAUCAUCAUCAUCUGGGGGGCGCCGAGAUUCACUCGUUUCAAAACGUAGGGAACGACUUACCGCUGCCACCCGUGAAUACACUAUCUGGUAGCUAUGGUAUACCGUUGCCAAGCGUUUCCUUCGGGAAAUUGAACUCUAUUGAAUCUGGAAUACCUCUACCACCACCACCUUUACUCGACACGUACAGCGCACCUCCUCUUUCUUCCUAUUCAUCUAAGGGACCCUAUCCAGAGUCAGGUCGAGCAGUAUCGUUUUCUUCAUUUGGAUUGCAAGGCGGUUCACUUUUCAAGCAGAACUUCCAUCAUCAUCGUCCUCACGGAUCGUUCAGAGCUCCUCUACCUCCGCUCGGCUCCCUGAUACCGCCCAGAAAUCGCGAACCGAUUAAAUUUAAAGAACCCAUUCCCAGUGGACUUCUAAGCAAUCUCAAUCGUUACAUACCGCCGCCGCGAUACUUUGACUCACCCAAAUCAACAAAGUCCUAUAUUUCACCAUUCUCGUUCGAACAGCAAUUGCCUAGUCUCACUGGUCCGAUCGCUUUCAACAAAUUUGCUGCCAAUGGUUACCAUUCGCCAAUAGCAGCCCCGAACGCGCAAUACGGGACGCCAUUGUCCUUCGGCGACUUCAAUACUCCGGCGCCGGUCCUAACUUAUGGAGCACCGAAUUUUGGACCCGCUUCUUCUUUCGUUUCAGCCUCCAUUGGAUUCGGAAAGAAUCUAUACGACGGCAUUGGCAGUAGCAUCGCUACCACUUAUGGUACUCCUAUAGUGAACGCACCGCUACCUACGAGCGUUGGCUAUGAUUGCGGUUUCCAGCACACAAGUGGCGGAGCGCAAUAUAGUUUACAAGACACAGGAGUUCACGCGCCAGGCUUGGGAUCUUAUGCUCACAGUUUCGCCACUUCCUUGUCGUCGAGUAACUCUCUUUCCUCUGAUCUACAUCAAAAUUCGCUUCUCAAAGUAGAGCCGUCGCCACACUCGUUUGAUGCCACGCAAUCCGCGAGUCAGUUAAACCUACAGAGCGGGCAUAAUUCCAAUUUAAAAGACAGCUACGGGAAUCCAGUGGAUGGAGCGUACAAUGGCCUCGAACACGGUGACAACGUGUUGUCCAGCGAUCACAGCCAAUCAGCCGAUGUUGCAAAUGUCCUUUCGCCACCUCCUUCCACGCAAUCUCUCGAGGCAGGUCUUUCGAGUCACGAAUUCAAACAAGAAGAUGGAGCAAGGGCCGAGGCAUUGGCAUCGAGCUUAGUCGAGCAAGAAUUUGGACAAGCAAAGAACCAUGGCUCGAGCGACGUGGAUGCUAGUCAAUUUCUGAACACUCACGAAGGCAGCGAGGCUUUGUCCUUGGCGAAGGGGUUGGCUGUUACCAGUGGAGCCGACGGAUUUGAAAUUCAGGGAUCCAAAGGAACGUACACAUUGCAAAUUCAACCCGCGGAUGGAGGACUAGGAACAGAAAAUUCGGACGGCAGCAUCAGGCACGAUCAAGUGCUUUCGAACGGACUUCUGCAAGAUAUCCUCGCAGCUAUCGAGCAACCGAGUCAAGGAAAUAUCCAACUCGAAGGUCUUCCAGAAGGGCAAUCCCUGCAACAUAUUUACAAUGAUUUGCCACGGGCUAGUAGCGCAGAUGCACAAAAAGGACAUUAUAUUACCGUGGACAAUAGCGAGCAGAAAAACAAUGCCGAAGCAUUGGUUGGAUAUGCUAGUGACCGGAAAGAGGCGGAGUUGGACGAAGCAAAUUCAACGAAAGAAGAGACCGUUGCUCUCUUCUUCAAUAAUCAGUACGCUGAUGCACGAAAGGAAACCAGGUCGGUAGCGAAAAGCGAGUCCGUACCUACCUUUUCUUCGGAGGAAAGUAAAAGUGCCGAUAAAGCAAAGUCCUAAAUUAUUUCACGCAAUUCAUUUAUAUUUAGGAACCAUUUAGGACUUUUGUUGGUAGUGUACGAUAAUUUAUGCAACAGCGGAAAGACUUAUUUUAUUUUGCUACACCAAGUUUGUCGAAGUCAAACGUUCCUGCCGUGUUAAGUGAAGGCUUUUCUUCGAAUUCAAAUUCUCUCUUAAGAAUUCAUUAUUUAUGAUUGGUGACUCAAGUUGUACUGCUAAUUAUAGAAUAUUUAACAUUUUGUUACCGGUAGUCGAAAAAGCAAUUCCAAACCGCAUCGAUGCUUCGCAUUGCUCCAGUGUAUCGUUAGCACUUCGAAGACGUUUCCGGUGUUUCGAAGGGAAGAGGUUGCCGAUUGCGUAACUUUUUUCUUUUCGCGAGUGCCGAAGAACGAUAGUGAUAAUUGUUCGUUGGAUGGUGUACCGAUGCUUGCCGAUUAUCGCCGAUCACGAAACGAAAUUUACUUUAGAGAUUCUCGUUUCCCGCCAGAAGUGCUAUCAUGUUAAGCAAGCAUCAGCGGAAACCUUUUUUCGCACGGACAGAUUCCACGUUCACCAAGGCAGAUCUUAUCGGACCCAUAAUUGCAACGCGAGAGGGAUCCAAAAGUCCUGGAGUGUUCCUCUGUUCGCGCAAGAACGGGGCGUUCACCUCUUGGAAGGGGUUUCACUCGAACGAAAAAGAGCAAAAGGUAUCGAAGUCAUCCUCCUCGUGUAGUUCAGUAACCGUGUCACGGCCAUUAGCGAAUGUCUCAAGCGAGACAACGAAAUUCAGUCAUCGGGGCUUAAAGGCGAUGACUCCGUACUUUGCAACACAGAUUUUGCAAGGCAUUUAGGUCACUGGGUUACAAAUUGUUCCUCUACGCGGAACACGGCAAGAGGUGCGCAUCGGGCAACUUUCAUCGGUCGUUUGAGACGCGGCAAAACGAUAGGCAGCCUCGCGCUUCCACGUCUUUAACCUUCACCGAGGUGAAAGUUCAGAAACUCGUCUAACUGCUUCGGGUAAUGACUCUUACCUUUUGCGAGAAUCGCGUUUCACGUGAAACGCAUUGCCCGGCACUGAGGGCGUUUAGACGCAAUACACGCGGUUUUGCAUACCCUUGCAACGAUAACAGGCAGAUAUACAUACAUCUAGUCCGUUGUUUUUGAUGAGAUACGCUGUACCAGUUAUGCAUUAGAGGAAACAGACUUUUAGGUGAAAAUCCCGUUUUGCAAGAAACGUCACUCUUCGCGUUGAUUUCUAUCAAAUUUGCACCUAGAGCACUUUAGCUGAAAAUUUAGUUCGUCAUUUUUCGUCGUUUAUCUCCGCUAAUUUAUAAGAAAUUUUACUAAAUAGGUAUUUCAACUAACACUUUCAGAGCAAUUUACAUCCCUUGAAUAAAAGUAUGUCGAUAAGAAAAUAUAAUUGUUUAAUAAAUUUCAGUGCUCUAUCUGUGCAAAGUUUCGCAAAAAUCAGCGUGUAAAAAUAUAAGCUGUAGUCUUUGAGCUCAACAGAAGAAAAUGUCAAGAAAAGAUAGUCAAAUUUUGAUCCGUUCUAACUGCUAUUCGGUGUGUUCUCUUCGCACGUAUUCUUGCGAAAAGGUAUUUGAAACACAAGUAUGUAUUAUUUAAAGUAGAGAGAUGACUUCGUUUAGUAGCACAGCUAGGAGUCUUUCCAAGUGAAACCAUUUAAAAGUACAAGCACCCAAAGAUACACACUCUACACUCACAAAGUCACUCUUGUAUAGAGCAGUAGUAAAUGCAGAUGCCCGACACAUUGAUAACCUCCGCGAUCACAGUCUGAAAUAUAACCACCCGGCAGAUAUAGGUAAUAAAAUGUUAACGCGUUCGCUUGCACGUCGGUACGUUGAUCGACGCGGGCUUAGUGCCGCUGCGUAUCGCCGUGCACGCAUUUCGUAUUCGGUGCAACCUUAAACUUCUUGUACUUUUAUAGUGCUUCCUGGCAAAUGGUUAUGCAUAACUCAGUGUAUUGCAGAUACGUAAAAUAAGUAAAGCGUACAAGCUUAAGAGAUGCUCAUUGUUAAGAAAUACGCAGUGACGAUGCUGCCAAGCCAUAAAAUGCAUCAACUAGCUCCUAACUUUUAGACACCUCUCUCCUUUUCUUUUUUUUCAACGAAUUAAUUUAUUAUUUUAUACGCAGCGUCCUGUGCGACAGCGCGCUAUCGAUACUGGACGAACGAUCGACGUUAUUUUACUCGUUGAACGUAGCGCGCGUGUGACUGUAUCAUUUAUAUGUGUAACGUCGCGAUAAGUAUGUAAAUAUAUGACGUAU